AUGCAGGAGCAGGGGGACGCGGCGCUGGCACCCGGGGGCGUGUGGCAGCAGGCCUGCGAGAACUUCAACGGGGAGCAGCUGGCUUACGUGGCGGCGCUGGCGACGGGCGCCAAGCUUGCUUUUGGGGACCGGCCCAAGGAGAUCACUUACAGGCGCCUGUACGCGCUGCCGUCUCCCCAACAAAUCGACGAGGCCUUCGCCCACGAGAUCAUGAUGGUGGAGCGCGAGGUCGUCAUGUGCAAGGUGGCUGCUGACCUGGCCGCGGCGGAGGGCGGCGCGGUCGCGCUGGUGGUGGGGUCGGCGCACCUGCCAGGCAUCCAGUCUCUGUGGCAGUCCGGCACCUGGCGGCAGCUGCUCGCGGCCGACGACCUUGCAGCCAGCCCCCUCAUGGCCGCCCCCGAGCUCGGCCCCUCCGACAUGGCCGCCCCCGGGUCCGGCGCGAAGCGCGGCAUGCUGGACGCGGUGAUGUCACUCAGCGUCACCCAGGAGGUGCUGCAGGAUUUGGACAGCCACCUGCCGCCGGUGCCAGAGGACCAGGACGAGGAGCGACAGCUGGCAUUUGAAUUUUUCAGCGCCCAGAGGACGCAGCUGGCGGCGCUGCCGCGGGAGAUGCUGGACCGCGUGUGCGGCUGCGUCAGGGGCUGCGAGUCCGGGGAGAGCAUGUGGGACGUGCUCGCGCCGGUGCGGGCGGUGCGGCCGGUCAACGGGGGCAACGGGUGGGACGAGGAGGUGGUGGUGGCGCUGAGGGGACUGGACAUGUACUUGAGCGUGGGGGGCGGCGAGGAGGGCGAGGACGCGAAUAAUGCGGCCGCCCUCGAGGCGUGA